AUGAGGUCGGCGCUGCAGGGGUGGACCUGGACCCUGCGCGGCCGAGGCGCGCAGAGCACCGGCUCGGCGUCCCGGCAGCCGGCGCUGCCGGAGGCGGAAUCGACGAACAGCCGGUUCAUGGCCCUGGAAGGCAUCCUCCGGGUCUCAAUCUCGCAAAAAGUUCUUCCUUUGCCAGAGAGGCUCAGACUCCUCUCGCCGGCGCCGCUGCUGUGGAGAUUGCAGGCCGGGGUCCAGGAACCAGGAUUAGAUAGGGGGAUGGAACGGAUGAACUGA